AUGUCGUCGAUGGCGAAUGUCCAACCUCGUCCCCGGAUUGGGAACAAGCGAAACCAUCGAGGAAUAUCUCCACCGAAUCGAAACCCCAGAGAUAUUACCAAGACCCGUGUUUCACAUGCCUGCGAUCGUUGUCGACUGAUGCGAACCAGAUGUUCCGGGGGAGAACGAUGCUCGAAAUGCAUCAAGGACGAUGCAGUGUGUGUCUACGGAGAUCGCAAGCGCGAACGCAACCAAAAAGACUUAGCCGAGAGCCUUGAUAGAGUCCAGGAAUUGGAAGGAGAGAAUACGAAACUAAUCAAUGCACUUCGCUCUGUGGUGGCCAGCCCUGAUUUUCGGACAGACAUGCAUGGCGACAUCAUGGAGAUCUUGUCCAAGUACACAACGCCCGAUCCUCCCGAAAGCGGUCAGCCAUCGAGCUCCUCACAAACUGUAACGGGUUCUUCCGACAAGCUUCGUCGGGGAAACGAAACUCGUGACCGAAGCCCGGAAUAUGAGUCGAAGACCUCGGGCGAGAAGGCAGUUGCUUCAAGUGUGGGAUCUCCGGGGCGGAAAGGAGAAUUGGCACGCGUUGUUGACUUGGAUGCUGGUUCAGGGGCAGCAGGCCUUGUUGGCAAGAUGUCCGAAAUGUCGUGGAUUCAACAUGCCUUCGAAUCACUUCACCAGCGUCGGACAAACGCUCAGCCGGGAAUGCGCGGGGCAGAAAUCGAUCAUCAUCUCACCACGGCGAAAGAUUUCAGCUAUUUCAUGGACGACACGAACGUGUUGGCAAUUGACGAAGACCACGUUAAUCAGUAUCACUGGCCGAAGCUGGAAAUCGCCAUCAUUUUGGCCGAGGCGUACUUCCAUGCCAUGCAAGACGCCUUUCAAAUUGUUCUUCGAGAGCAAUUCCUCCAGACGAUGGUUACCUUUUCGCAAAAACAACAACUUACUUCUUCGUGGAGUGGACGACGAUGGUUCGCGUUGGCGAAUCUUGUAUGGGCGAUUGGGGCCAAAUGGCUGCAAAUGACCAAGUUGGACCAGCCGAACUUUUCCGAAAACCACUUACUGUACUAUGCCAGGGCCCGAGCCUUGGGUCUCGACCACAGGAUGAUGUUCGACCAUCCUGACAUAGAACGAGUUCAAGGGAUCGGCCUUCUGGCCUUCUAUCUUCUCAUGAAUGGGUCCAUUUUUAGGGCUUGGAACAUUUUGGGCCAUGCCACUCGCCAUGCAAUAGCUCUUGCUCUGCAUUUGAGAGUCUCGGAUCCUAACGUGAGUGAUCGGGACAAAGAACAACGUGCCCGCACGUGGUAUUCCUUAUACAGCCUCGAAAUUUUGAUUGCUGAAAUUACCGGACGCCCCAAGUCCAUCUUCCUCUCGGAUGUGACCACACCGAUCGACCUAUUACAGAAACCCCCGACAGAGGAGCAUGAUCAUCAGUGGCGAAUUGAAGGGCUCAUCUCGCCCGAAGAGUCGAGAAACAUGUGGCUCGAUUUUUUGAUGGCUGGCCGAGAUCUCUCCCAGGGUAUGACCAGGGGAGUUACACCUUGGAAAAACUUUGCGUCUGUGGGACAUGGAAUCUCACGCUCGUAUUUCCCUCAUCGAGUCCGCCUUUGUCGGUUGAGUGACAAGAUUGCCUCGCAAUUGUACAGCGGAACAUCGGAGGACUCGUGGGCAGACACACAACGUAAGAUUGGUGAACUGCAAACCGAGUUGAGAUUAUGGGCGGAAAACCUCCCCGACGACCUGGCCAUCCAGAGUCAAGCACCGACGAACACAGAUCCGAGAGUCAAGAUCGAAUUGUCCAUGUACUAUCACAGCAUCCAGAUGAUUCUCCACCGGCCUUGUCUGUGCGAGGUGGUGAUUGAGCAUGAGUCCCUUCGGUCGCAAGAAUUCAACCGAAGCUCUGCACGCGCGUGUGUGCAUGCGGCAAUGUCAAUGUUGGCUCUCAUGCCAGACAACCCAAGUGCGCAUGAGGCCUAUCAACUGCUUCCCUGGUGGACGUUGCUUCAUUAUGUGGCACAGGCUGCGGCAGUGUUGCUCUUGGAAUUGUCUCUCGGUGGCCAACAUUUCCAGAAUGAAAUUUCCGACGUGGUGAAUUUCUUGCGCAAAGCAAUGGCGUAUCUUUGGUGCAUGACAGAGAGCUCUCUUUCGGCAUAUCGUGCCUGGAGGAUACUCAGACGGUUACUGACUGAAGUGUCCCAAAGAUAUGAUAUGGAUAUGGCUGAUAUUCCUACGGAAGCAUCUCAGCCACCUGGAUGGAGUGAGAGGCAUGAAAUGGCUGUUAGAAAUGCACUCUCUUGA